AUGCAAAACCAAGAAAGAGUGGUUUGGGAUUUGAAGCAAUUGCCAAUGCCAAUGCCAAUGCCGAUGCCGAGACAACUCUUCAACAAACACCACCACAAUCCAAUGCUAAGCCAAUCUUUCAACAUCCUCCACCACCACCACUAUCCUUUUUUCCUCCGUCUUCUCAUUUCUCUUUUACUAUCUGUUAAUGCUUUUGCAGUGAAUAUUGAAGUUCUUACGCUAGUUUCUUGGCUUAACAACUCUCACUCACUACCUUCACCUUUCUCGACAUGGAAACUUUCAGAUUCCAAUCCUUGCAAAUGGUCUUACAUUACUUGUUCUUCCCAAAACUUUGUCACUGAAAUCAAUAUCCAGUCAGUUGAGCUAGAACUUCCCUUCCCUUCAAAUUUCUCCUCUCUUCCCUUCCUCCAAAAGCUUACCAUUUCUGGUUCUAAUCUCACUGGAGCAAUCUCACCUGAUGUAGGAGACUGUACUCAACUGACAGUUUUAGAUUUUAGUUCAAGCAGUCUUGUUGGUAGCAUUCCUACGAGCAUAGGGAAGCUCCUUAAUCUUCAGGACUUGAUUUUAAACUCCAAUCAGCUUACGGGUGAGAUACCAAAAGAGCUUGGUGGUUGCAAAAACCUCAAGAAUCUCAUAAUAUUCGACAAUUACUUAAGCGGGAAUAUUCCAGUUGAACUAGGCAAACUGGUUAAUUUAGAAGUUAUACGAGCUGGAGGAAACAAAGACAUUGCAGGAAAAAUCCCGGAUGAGCUUGGAGACUGCCAGAAUUUGAUGGUGCUUGGUCUUGCUGAUACUAAAGUUGCCGGUUCCUUACCUGCUUCAUUGGGUAAACUAAGCAAGCUUCAGACACUAUCAGUAUAUACUACAAUGCUAUCUGGUGAGAUACCCCCUGAAAUAGGCAACUGCUCAGAGCUUGUUGUGUUGUUUCUCUAUGAGAAUGAUCUCUCAGGUUCACUCCCACGAGAGCUGGGCAAGCUACUAAAGCUGGAGAAACUGUUACUAUGGCAAAACAACUUUGAUGGGCCAAUUCCUGAGGAAAUAGGUAACUGUAAAAGAUUGAAGACUAUCGAUCUCUCUUUAAAUUUUUUCUCUGGAAGCAUACCCCAGUCUUUUGGAAAUCUCUCAAAUCUCCAAGAGCUUAUGUUAAGUAACAAUAACAUCUCCGGUUCAAUCCCCCCAGUUCUUUCAAAUGCCACAAGCCUAUUACAGUUGCAGCUUGAUACCAAUCAGAUAUCGGGUUCUAUUCCAGCAGAGCUUGGGAUGUUAACACAGCUACAAGUCUUCUUUGCUUGGCAAAAUAAGCUUGAAGGAAGCGUUCCAUCGUCAUUAGCUAGUUGCAGGAGUCUUGAAGCUCUAGAUUUGUCACACAAUGCACUCACUGGCAGCUUACCUCCUGGCCUCUUUCAGCUUCAAAAUUUAACAAAGUUGCUCUUAAUUUCUAAUGGCAUUUCAGGCUCGAUCCCUCCAGAGAUUGGCAAUUGCAGUUCUCUUCUACGGCUUCGGCUUGUAAGCAAUAGAAUCCGUGGAGAGAUUCCAAAAGAAAUUGGGUUCCUCAAUAACCUUAGUUUCCUUGACCUGUCUGAAAAUCAUCUUGUUGGAUCAGUGCCAGAUGAGAUUGGCAAUUGCACUCAAUUGCAGAUGUUGAACCUCAGCAACAACACCCUUGGAGGUACUUUACCUAGCUCUUUAGCUUCACUCAGUAGGCUUCAGGUGCUAGAUGUUUCAGUAAAUCAAUUUUCAGGUCACAUUCCUGAAAGUUUUGGACAACUUACAUCACUUAAUAGACUCAUCCUUUGUAGCAACUCCCUCUCUGGAGCAAUCCCCUUUUCUCUAGGUCGUUGUUCAAGUCUUCAAUCACUUGAUCUUAGCAGCAAUGACCUCUUGGGCAUGAUCCCAGUUGAAAUGUUUGAAAUUCAAGCUCUCGACAUUUCUCUAAAUUUGAGUUGGAAUGCACUGUCAGGGAUAAUUCCACCUCAGAUUUCUGCUCUCAACAAACUAUCCACAUUAGACCUUUCACACAAUAAGCUUGGAGGUGACUUGUUUGCACUUUCUGGGCUUGACAACCUUGUUUCUUUAAACAUCUCUUACAACAAUUUCAGUGGCUAUCUUCCGGACAGUAAACUCUUUCGACAAUUAUCAGCAACAGAGCUGGCAGGAAACCAGGGGUUGUGCUCUACUGGCCACGAGUCAUGUUUCCUGAGCAAUGCCACAACUGCAGGAAUGCUGAAUAGUGGCAGUUUUAGGAAGUCACAAAGACUCAAAAUUGCCAUUGCUUCACUUAUUACCUUGACCGUAACAUUGGCAAUCUUUGGGGCUCUUGCAAUUUUUCGAGCCAGGAAAAUGGUAGGAGAUGAUAAUGACUCAGAGAUGGGAGGCAAUUCGUGGCCUUGGCAAUUCACUCCAUUCCAGAAGCUGAAUUUCUCAGUUGAACAAGUCUUGAAAUGUCUAGUUGAAGACAACGUUAUUGGAAAGGGAUGUUCAGGAAUUGUUUAUCGUGCAGAAACAGAAAACGGAGAAGUCAUAGCGGUUAAAAAGCUCUGGCCAACAACAAUGGCUGCUGGAUAUGAUUGUCAAAAUAAUAAAACUGGAAUUGGUGGAGUUCGUGAUUCCUUUUCAGCUGAGAUAAAGACCCUUGGCUCUAUCCGCCAUAAGAACAUUGUUAGGUUCUUGGGUUGCUGUUGGAAUAGAAAUACAAGAUUACUCAUGUACGAUUAUAUGCCCAAUGGGAGCUUGGGUUUUCUUCUUCAUGAAAGGAGGGAUAGCUGCUUGGAAUGGGAGUUGAGAUAUCGGAUAGGAUUGGGCGCUGCUCAGGGUUUGGCUUAUUUACACCACGACUGUGUGCCUCCCAUUGUUCACAGGGAUAUCAAGGCCAACAACAUCCUCAUCGGUCCUGAAUUUGAACCUUAUAUUGCUGAUUUUGGGCUUGCCAAGCUUGUUGAUGAGGGAGAUUUUGCUCGGUCUUCUAACACUGUUGCUGGGUCUUACGGUUACAUUGCUCCUGAAUAUGGUUACAUGAUGAAGAUAACAGAAAAGAGUGAUGUAUAUGGCUAUGGAGUUGUUGUGUUGGAAGUGCUAACAGGGAAGCAACCAAUUGAUCCUACCAUACCUGAUGGGCUUCACAUUGUGGAUUGGGUGAGGCAGAAGAGAGGUGGAGUAGAAGUUCUUGAUCCGAGUUUACGGGCACGCCCAGAAGUUGAAAUACAGGAAAUGUUGCAGACUUUAGGAGUAGCUUUGCUGUGUGUAAAUCCUAGCCCAGAUGAUAGGCCUACAAUGAAAGAUGUAGCAGCCAUGCUGAAGGAGAUUAGGCAGGAGCGGGAGGAGUGUCUGAAAGUUGAUAUGCUUCUCCAGGGUUCUUCAACAAAUGGUCAACAAGAUAAUAACUCAUCUUCAACAAUGAUGCCUAAAUCAUUUCUCCUUAGCAACAAUACAAGCUUUUCUGCAUCUUCAUUGUUAUACUCUUCAUCCUCCAACUCCAAGGCAACUUUCAAAUAGUUACUUUUAUUUUAUUCUUUU